AUGCCCUACGUGCCCGACGCAGGUCUUCGCAGGAUCGCAUCCGACACUUCACGAAUCUACACGACACUCUCCCAUUCUUACCUGUCUCCGACUUCUACCUUUGCAUCCAUAGCCUCCUCGGAGCCGCGGCCAGAGCCACGAGCGCAUGCUAUCGCGCCGUCUCAACCGAGAAAGUGCUCAGUCUCGACGAAUGCUUCAGACACGCCACCAGCCCCAAAGGCACUGCAGGAGCGCCGGACUGGCGCCAGCGUGACCGCAACGGACUUGAUGAGCGAUCGAGAGAGCACUGGUCUGACGGGCAGCUCUGGUAAGGAGAAUAACGACACCCGCCCGACACCCAACCGUAGGCUCCUACAAUCGGCCUCGUUCGUUGGUGGUACCUCUUCCACGCGCGCAAUGGCCUCAGCAACGUGUCUUCUCGAGUCUCUCCCUGCAGAGCUGUCUAGACUCCCGCUGUCCCGCCCGCCGAUUCCACCCCGCACGCCCCCUUUGUACCAUAUCUGUAGGCCGUUGUUCCCAUUGGUUUCCCUCGCAGUUGACUGGCAGGAUUGCCUAGCGAUUUGGCGCAAAGGCUUAGAUAGAAGAAGUCUUUGCCGACUUGGGACAGGAACGAAGGCCUACAAAGAUAGUGCAACGGCUUGGAUAGAAAUUGGGACCGGGCACACCGGAGCCUCGCCCGAGCAUUACGGUAGUGCUGCAGCCAGUCAACACCGACACGGUCAAAGCAGAGCAACCUCGUACGAGCAGCAGGAAGAGAAUAGCUACGGAAAGGGCUACGUUUACAACAAGAUCUUCUUAUAUGGGAAGGAUACGAUGCAUAGGCGUGGAGCUGUCGUCUCCCUGUGGCGUCAGAUCUUUCCCAGGGAGUCGGAGCGUACAUCCGGUCGAGCUCAAUUAAGGCUUAAUCCCCUGAAUGCCCAACUGGCUGUGAUCGUCUUACUGUUCGAACUUCCCAAAGCUAUCAUUCUUGUCAAUUCGCAACUUGUUACGUACAAUCUGGCUGAAUUACCGGCUCCCGAGCUCGAUCCUGCGGAUGGUCUCACGCGUAACCUCAUUCCUACAAUACCAGCAGUUCAUUUCUUCUCAUACGUUCACACGGCGGAGAGCGUCACACGAGAUAGGAGGGCAGAGUAUGAUAACGUCCGCGAAGCCAACCUGCAAGGAUUCAAUAACACGAUGAACUUGCAAGAUUCAGGAUCGAAUAUUAUCAGUGCACAUAUCACGACCGCUUGUGACGAAGCUACUGCUCUCAGCGAACGCUAUGAUCUAAGCACGCGUAUCGCGCUGUACAUUCUUACAGUAUCAACGCAAUUUCUUCCACCUCAUACAAGCCGUUCUAAACUGAUACCUUCCCUCUCCCUAACACGAAGCCUCGUGAUACAGUGUUGA